UCGUCACCAUCACGGAGCGUAUCAGCAGAAAACAAAAGAAUUUUGUUUAGUCACGAUUAAGGAAAUUAGAAGUAUCUAGCAUAUUUUGGAAGCAUCUGUCCACAGUCUCCUGUAUGUAUUUAUAUUGAGGAAGCACCACAGACUGACGUCAUUCAGUGCGUGAAAGUGAGUUGAAUCUCCUCAGUUGCCAGGAACGAGUGGUGAUUGUUGUGUAGUGCGGAAGUAAAUUUGAUUAGAGCUUCAAAAUGGAAUUCCCUCAUCUGGGUAAACAUUGUUCGGAAGAGUUCUGCCGCAAGCUUGACGGUAUUGGUUUUCCUCUUCAGAUUUCCUCCCGAUGAAAUGCGAUGCUUGUGGUGAAAUUUUCUGCUCGGAGCACUUUAGCUACAGAACACAUUCCUGCCCUUCGGCCUACCAGAGAGACGUCCAGGUACCGAUCUGUCCGCUGUGCAGUGAACCGGUCCCAACGCCCCGGGACGUUUCACCGGAUGUGACCGUCGGAGCCCAUAUUGAUCAAUUUUGCAAGUUGGAGAAGCCGAAGAUCUUCACCAAUCGCUGUACGUUUAAAAACUGCAAAAAGAAGGAACUGAUUCCGUUCUCGUGUGGAGUUUGCAAACAGAACUACUGCCUAAAGCAUCGACACAUGGCGGAUCACGAAUGUAAGCGAUCAGCUACUGCAGGUGGUGAUUCUGGUACUGCGCAGCGGACUAAGGCUGUUUCUGCAUCGCUUCAGUGGCAGCAACAGGAGCAGCAGGAGCAGAGCUCCAGAACCGUUCCGCAACAACAGAGAUCUAAUACUAGUCAGCUGGUGGCUGCCGUUCAGGGCAGCAUGUCCGAAGAUGAGGCCUUGGCACGGGCAUUGGCCCUCUCGAUGCAGGAAGAAGAAGACGAACGGGCACGUGCCACCCGAGAAGGAGAACCAACCAAUGGGCGUAAUCCUGCCCGCAGUAGAAUUCCGGUCGGUGGCAAUAGUUCCAAGGACAAAUGCAAUCUGUCAUGAUUGGGCUGCUGCUGCUGGUAAGGAGGACCUAAGAAGAAUUGACAAUCGGUGGAUGCUUUCAAAAAUAAAUUUUCUUUACGUAGUGUUAUGCAUAUUUUUCCGCUUUCUUGAAUUCUGAGUGGAAAUGU